AUGAAAUUUAACGAUCAUUUUCCUAAAACAGUGCCACUAAUUUUAGGUAUACUACAAAUGUUAUUAACAUGUGCUAUUAUUGCCUUAGAAGUUAUAAGUGUUUAUAUUGAUGUUGUUUAUGGAACAGUGUGGAAUUGUGAACAAUUAUGUUGUUCAAGAACGAGUAUUGGUAGUUUCAAUAAUCAAACGGGUAUGGCAACAUUAAACUGUACACAACAAUUGUUACAAGGUAUGGCACCGACAUGUCCUGCAUAUCCAUCACGAAAACUUAUAUUAAUUCAAUCACAAUUGGGUUAUGCAGCAGCCAUGGCAGCCACAUGCGUAACUUACGUUGUUACCUAUAUUUGGGUUAGUUGUAUGGCCUGCUGUAAGAAAUAA